AUUACUCUUUUCAUCCUGUGCAAAUAGCACAAAAUACUACCAGUUUUCAUGUUACUCCCGACAACUAUGAAAACACUACUUUCGAUAUCAAGCUAAUGUAAAAAGAAAUGGAUAAAAUUGUUUUUUCUACAAGAAAAGGAUAUGAAUUUUUAAUUGGCGAAAAUUUUAACGGCGCUCUCUCAGAACUCAAAAAAUGCUUGACUUAUGCAGAACAAAUACAAAAAGUAAGCGUAAUCAAUAAAUGCGUUCAAAAUUUGGCAGCUGCAUAUAUAGAAUGUGGAAAAGAGGACGAUAUAAAACGUGGAAUUGAAUUACUAACACCUUUAAUUGAUAAUUCAAUAACGAAUGAAAGUGCUUAUAGAAAUUUUAAUUUGGCAAUUGGAUAUGAGAAACUAAAAAACUUUGAGAAAUCCGUUAAACUUUAUGAAAAGACUUUAAAACAAAUAGAAAGGAGCAAAUCUAUAGAUUUUGAUGAUCAAGAUCUACAUAAUUUGUGUUAUUCUCUAUCUAAAAUUUAUGUAAAAGAUGGAAAAGUUGGUUCCGCUGCCCUGGUUAAUUCGAAAAUAUCAAAAUUAUGUAUUUCCAGCCGUUUACAAAUUGACUUUUUAAUUAAUACUGCACGCUAUCUAUACCAAGCCAAAGAUUAUGAAAGAAGUUAUGAAUAUUUAAAGCAAAUCCUUGAGAAAUAUUCAGUAUUAGAUAUUGCAGGCGAAUAUAGCGCCACUGUGAACAAUACUAUAGGUAUUUUAUUUACCCAAAUUGGUGCUCUACAGUUGGCUGUCGAGUGUUUUGAAAGGGCCCGUGCCGUAUCGAGAAAGCUAAAGAACAACGAAUUGGUUGCUGUUAGUUCACAAAAUUUAGGAGUUGUUAUGAAUUUGAGUGACCAGUAUCGUUUAUCGUUGAAAUUCCAUAAAGAAGCCUUUCAGAUUUACGAAGAAAUACAAGUAAACAGAUAUCAAGCAGAAACAGCAAUCAAUUUGGCUUACGCAUAUUUCAAAACAAAUAAACUACAAGAGUGCGAAGAAUGCUUAUUAACCGUAAUAAAUAUAGGCCCGAAGGAUCUUCAAUGGGUUAGCUAUGGUCAUAUGUCAGCAUUAUAUUAUAUCCAAGAAGAUUGGGAGUCGUUAAAGGGUUGUCUUAUUCAAUCUUUAAAAGUAGCCCCAAAGCAUAUGAAAAAGGACGUAAAUAAAAAUAUAAAAGAUCUAGAAAAUAGAGUUAACGAAGAAAAAAGAUAUAAAGCGACGAAACUGUCUACCGAGCCGAAAAAUGAUGCCAAAACAGAAAGAAAAUACUCAGGGAGUAGGGUUAAUCAACUUCCGAUAAAACAUGAAUUCAUAGCAAAAGGCAUUGUUCCUUUGGGUACAUUGGAUUCAACGUAUUUGUUGACACAUAAAGAUAGCUACGACGAACCCGACUAUAAUCCUGAAAUUAACACUACUAUAUCUGAUGUUCAAGAUAAGGCUUUAAAAAGAAGGGCAAUAAAACGUAGGAAGAGCUCGGUUAAGGGAAAAAAUGUUUUUUCUCCUGGAGCAGGAAGUCGGCGCCACGGUAGACCUCUCCUCUCCGGUAAUGACUCCCCCGCACCAAAAGCUUCGUCAGAAGAUGACGAUAGUGAAAGAGCUCGCAUGCAAGAAUUAUAUAGUAAGAUAUUAGAGCCAAUGCAAGAUGUACUAUGUUCGUCGGACAGUAAAAUUUUAAGGAAGGAUGAAUCAAAAAGGAAAAGUGAUUCAUGUCGAAAAUCAAACUCCAAUGAGAUAAGUGAAACGGAAAUAGGAGAAAGCGAAGAAUCAAAAUCUAAUAAAAAAGAAGAGUUAUAUAGUACAGUAACGCUAACGAAGUCGACUGCAAAGUGAGGCAAAAACUAAACGCCAAACUUUUUUUUCUUAUUUCAAUUUUUUAUUAGAUCAAAUACAGAGUCAAAUAUGAGUCACAAGCUUCCGAAACAAACUUAUGAAAAGCCUAUCAGCGCUAAUUAUUUUUCUCCAUCCGGAAAUGAAACUGAAGCGGAAAGUGAGAAUCGGAAAUCGCAAAAUGAUGAACCUCUAUAUGAGACUAUUCCGGACCAGGAACAAGAAGUAAAACAUCCAAGAAAGGAAAAUGCAUCGAAGUCGUCAAAAUCAUGUAUAAUUAGUUGAGAGAAUAUUCUAGGAAGUAUCCUUCCUCGAUCAAAUAAAGUUUUUGUAUAAAAUUGUGAAGGAGAUGGAAAGUAAAUCUCAGAAAGUGUGAACUUAAGGAAAUAAUAGCUAAGAUAGAGAAGACAAAACUAUGAAGUAAAAUAACUUGAGAGGGAAGCAUGUUUGCUUUUUGAAAUUCUUCGCCUUUUUUGUGUUUUUACAAUGUAUAGCCCAUUUAAAGCCUUUAUUGUUAUUGUUGCCAGUAUGAGAAGCUUAUUCAAAUUAAAUAAAAGAAGAAAUUCUUUUUUUAUAAAAGUUCCCUUUCACUUUCCAAUGAUUACGAGAAAACUGCGAUGAUUCUGUUUUUUUUAAUUUUACCAUUAAAAUUCCUUUUUAAAGUACCAUUCUCAAACUAGAUAGGAGUUAUAUGGUAGUGCCAUCUAAAGCUUAUAAGUAUAUGUAUUAUAUAUAUAUUAUAUACGUUACCUAUGUAUAAUUUGUACGAG